AUGCACCCUCGUGCUGUUUCGUUUGUGGCACUACACAACCACCUUCGACGACGUUUAUCGUCAUACUCGUGGUCCUCAUUGGUUCCCGAAAAGAAGGCGUUCAUUGGAGGGAAUUGGGUAUCCGGGUCAUUGGGUAAAACAUUUCCUGUAAUUAACCCAGCGACAGAACAGCAAAUUGCCGAGGUGCCGUGCAUUUUUGCGCAGGAGGUGGACUGUGCCAUCGAAGCAGCAGCCGAAGCUCAGAAGACCUGGGCAGUUGCAACCGUCGGGACUCGAGCUAGCGUCAUUGAGGGCUGGGCCAACUCAAUUGAACGUAACGCCUCCGUACUGGCCGAAUUGAUUACUGCUGAGAAUGGCAAAGUCGACGUCGACGCUCGAGGUGAGAUAGCCUCGGCGGUGAGCGGGCUGCGCUGGUACGCCAACGAGGCGCGUUCCACAUGCGGACAGAUCAUUCCCUCCACCCACGUCCCCGGUCGUCGACUCCUCGUUUUUCACCAGCCCGUCGGCGUCGUUGGCAUGAUCACACCUUGGAACUUCCCGUUGUCGAUGUUUACGCGUAAGGCCGGUGCGGCCCUGGCCGCGGGCUGCUCCGUGGUGCUGAAGCCUGCCGAGGAGACUCCCCUGACAGCACUGGCGGCAGUCUAUUUGGCCUCAGCCGAGGCCGGACUUGAUGGUCGUCUGCUUAGUGUCGUUACGGCUCCGCGCGAAGACGCGGACAUGGUUGGAAAAGCCUUCUGUUCGCACCACUUGAUCCGACAAAUUGGCUUCACGGGUUCGACGAGUGUUGGGAAAAAACUAUAUGCAGCGGCAGCGGCAAACAUGAAGCGCGCUCAGCUGGAGUUGGGCGGCAACGCUCCAUUCAUUGUCUUCGAGUCAGCUGAUCUUGAUCUCGCUGUCUCGCAGGUGAUCGCUUCCAAGUUCAGGUGCUCUGGACAGACGUGCGUCUGCGCCAAUCGAAUCCUGGUUCAAGACUCCAUCUACGACACCUUCGUCGACAUGCUCACAACAGCUGUGAGUGGUCUGGUGCUGGGUGAACACCAGGGUCCUCUCAUAAACAGGGCCGCGUUAACUAAGGUACCGCACUUAUUUGGUGCAGUAUGCCCUGAAGGUAGAUUUAAUUCGAGGUCAGAUUACGCAAGGUCGACUGACCAAUCAAACGACCAGAAAUAUGGCAUUUACAUCAUCAACCCAAUCGACAACGUCAACCAUGGUUGUCUGGUUACUCGGUUAUCUGUUAUUUUGGGGGUCGACUUAACAAACUCUCACGUGAUUGGUCGAACAGUCUGGUACCUCAGCAUAACGAGGGCAUAA